GUCCUCUUUAUUUAGAAAUUAUCACAUUUAUCUCUAUAGUUGGAGAAUCUAUUCAAGUAUCAAGGCAUACCUAAAAACCUCUUCUAAAAACUAGGGGUGGCUAUAUGGUCCGGUCCGGUUAAAUUGGACCAAAUUGAUCCGAUCUCAGUCCGGUCUUUUCGGGAAUAUAAGGACCAAAGAUUGGAUUGGAUACACUCCGGUCUUGAUCCGGUCCGGUCCCAAUUUGAUUUUAAUUUUAGAUUGAGCUUGUGGGGAUUUGAGUGUUGGGGUCUCUUAUCCGGGUUUUUUUUACCUCAAAUCUAAGCCCUAAUAUGAGAUUGGAUUGUUUGCUAUCCGGUCCCAGUCCGGUCCUGGUCCAGGUUAUACGGUCCGGUUUCGGGUAAAACCAAACAGUCCUGGACCAAAUUGCCAGCCCUACUAAAAACCUCUUGCACAUAUGAGAUAAUCCAGCUUAAUCCAAACACUGGUCUAACCACACCCAACCCUCCUUGGUCCAUUCUCCAACCAUCGAUCCACCCCACCAAGUGAGUGCCACUGCCACCCUUCCCCUAACGCUUCUUCUGAUGCCUUCUAGUUUGUCCACCUUUGCAGCCGGACAUUAUGCUAGCUCCAGGCCAACAAAUACACCAAACUGGGAAUCUAAAAGCCCAAUGUUAAUUCCGGUUCAAUAAUAUUAUCCACAAUCUUGACAUCUUGUUUCUUCUCAUGGCGGUAAAUCAAUUCGGUCCAACCCUGGUUGGAUCCAGACCCCAUUUAUCCAAACCCCUGAAAUCCCGUGAUUGGCGGGUUUAAAAAAAAAUAACUUAAAAAAUCGUUGGCGCGUGUACUUCAAUCGCCCACCCCCUUUCCCCCUCUGAGUCUCUCUCCAUCUCAUCUCUCUUCCCGAGCAGUACUGUAAAUUCCAAACCCUUUUUCUUUACUUUCUCUCCCCUCUCUCUCUCUCCUUUUCCCCUUUCCGUUCAUCUCAGCUAGCUAGUGGCCACAAACACUUCCCCCAUUUUCUCCCUUUCUUCUUCUCCUCCCCCACAUUGCCUUCGAUCCAUUCUCCGUCCGCCGUCUGAGCCCUCUCUUCGCAUCAAUCGAAACUCCAACCAUGGCUACACCACCACCGCGGCCUUCUUCGUCGCUGCUCGUUUUCCUCUCCUCCGUCUUCCUCUACCUAGCAGCAGUCUCCGAAUCCAAGCUCUCCUACAGCUACUACGACAAAUCCUGCCCCAAAUUCGCCCAGAUCAUCCAGGACACCGUCACCGACAAGCAAAUCAAGAGCCCCACCACCGCCGCCGGAACCUUACGCCUCUACUUCCACGACUGCUUCGCCAACGGCUGCGACGGCUCCGCCCUCAUCUCGUCCACCGCAUUCAACAGGGCCGAGCGCGACGCCGACAUCAACCUCUCCCUCCCCGGCGACGCCUUCGACCUCGUCACGCGCGCCAAAGUCGCCCUCGAACUCGCCUGCCCCAACACCGUCUCCUGCUCCGACAUCCUCGCCGUCGCCACACGAGAUCUCGUCACCAUGGUCGGCGGGCCCUUCUACAGCGUCCUCCUGGGCCGCCGCGACUACCGCGUCUCCAAAUCCUCCGCCGUCCCGGGGAAUCUCCCUUUACCUUCCAUGUCCACAUCGCAGAUGAUCGAAAUGUUCGCCGCCAGAGGGUUCUCCGCCCAGGAGAUGGUGGCCCUCAGUGGCGCCCACACCAUUGGAUUCUCCCACUGCAAGGAGUUCACCGGGCAGCUCUACAGCAACGGCACGGGAUCGGGUGGGUAUAAUCCUAGAUUUGCGCAGGCGCUGCAGAAGGCGUGCGCGAACUACAAGAAGGACCCGUCUAUCUCGGUGUUCAACGACAUCAUGACGCCCAACAAGUUCGACAAUUUGUACUACCAGAACUUGCCCAAAGGGUUGGGCCUGCUGGCGUCCGACCACGGGCUCGUCUCCGAUAGCCGGACCCGGCCGUUUGUGGAGCUGUACGCCAGGGAUCAGAACAAGUUCUUCCAGGAUUUCGCCAAGGCGAUGCAGAAGCUGAGCGUCUACGGGAUCAAGACUGGGAGGAGAGGCGAGAUUAGGCACAGAAGAACCAAUUCCUUACAUGUGCGCAGCCGGCUUUCAAGGCAUACUUCCUCGUCAUUUCCCACCGGAGACAGUUGCAGUUAACAUCUCGACACUGUUGUUCAUAAAGAAAUGAUAAACAGUUGCGGACAGUCUCAGGGUUUCUUCAUCAGGACAUUUCAAAUUCCUACUCGGCAGAGCUACUUGCAGCAUUCUUGUUUAUAAUCACCCGUCACAUACUUAAGGUGCGUGCUCCGAUUUCUUUGGGGUGGUACCCUCCCUAUUGAUUCAUUUGAUUGUGCGAGUACCAUCUAUUGAUAUCGUCUUUUUUCAAGUGUUAUGGUGUUCAAGGUGCUUUUUUUCGGAAGUUCUACUGUACUACUUAUGAAGUCGCGCACAAAUUUCUGUUGAUGUCUACGUCAAACUCAAUGGCGGAGCCACAUUUUAUCCAUGAAGAACUAUAGUCUACAUUGAAAAAUAGACUAAUUGGCAAGACUCUUGCUCCCUCUCCGAUGACCAUGGUCAAAUCUCUCAAGUAUAAAUUUUUUAGCCGCUCGUUCAGAUUUCUAACUUCGUCCUUAAAUCGAACUGUUGAUGUGAUUUGAAUCUGACUAUUAGCCGCUAUGACUUGAAUUCACGGGACUGGUUGUAAUUGCUUUUCCUUAACCAUAUUGGAUUAAGGUUGGACCUAGAAGAAGUACUAUAAAUACUUCUCAUACUCCUCUGUAAUCUGUAUCUCCUCAAGUGUAGUGAAAAAUGGCUAUCUCCUGCCCGUUGACUAGCUAACACACAUUGUGUUAGUGAAGCACGUAAAUUGUGUAUGUUCGCUUGCUCGCCAAUCCUCAUUUCUGUCCCGUGAAGUUCUCUCCUCCUUGUCGCAUGCCUCUUCUUUCCUGUCUCAUGCUCUUGUGUGUAUGCUAGUCCUCUCCGGGAAGAUCCUCCUCAAUAACUUCUGAAGAUAAUUUUCGAUGAUGUUGUCCAAGUUUCUGACUGCUCGUCUGACCUUGUUGUUCGUGACUCGGACGGGCAUGUGCUUAUGGCCUUGGGUGUCCAGCAUCAGUGGAUCUUAUGACUCGGAUCUUGGAGAACUCCUUGCAGCCAGGGAUGCAGUCUCUCUUGCAGCUUCUAGGAGUUUGCCUCGUGUCAUCCUCGAGUCGAUGCAUAAGCUAUCAUACUUUUAUAUUGCCGUCUGUUUCUCAAGUCUUUUUUUCAAUGUAUAGAUUUUAGUGCAGUUCCGCGGACUGCCAACUAGGUUGCGAGCAAGAGUGGCACGUAAAGCCCUGUUGUUGUCUUGGUUAGAGUUAGCUUCUUUUGAUUUUGUUAGUUGAUUUGUUAGUGGGAUCGGGAGGGAUUGUGGGUAGUAAUUCUUUCUAACUAUUGUCUUGACCUUACUCGGGGGGGGGGGGGGGGGGGGGGGGGGAACCACGUAAAUCGUGUAUUAUGUAUGUACGCUUUCAUUUUCUUGCAUUGUUGAAUCCUUCUAUUUUCGAUCCGCAGAAAAAAGUCGUGUCGUAAAUAAUUUUAUAGCAAAUUAUCCUGUUUUUGCAUUUAGGACAGUAAUCUACCGCCAAAAUCUCAGAUGACAAACUAUCCCUCAAAGUCGUGUGUUUAAUCAAGUACGUAGGCAUUAUCAUACAACGAUGCCAAGCCAGCUGUCUGCGGCCCGGCCCACCUGGAAAGGCUCAAAAUUGUCGGCCCAGAUAAAAGGUUUGCAUGAGG